AUGAGUGUUUACGUAUUGUCGGAUGAUAGUGACCACAGUAAUCAUGAGGACGUCGAUUUUAUGAAGACGUAUGAAGAGGAUGGGAAGGAAGAGUGUGUAGAUUUAACUCAGGAGGCUGUGGAACUUGAUACUGAACCGUACCGCUCACCCUACAGCGCCCCAUACGAAGAUCUGCCUCCGGUGCAGCUGAGUGGGCCAGUGGCCACUUUGAGCUCUACUGUGCCAGUGGCCAGUCUAAGCUCUGGGAGUACUAGCUCGUCUGGUACCAGCUCUAGCGGUUACGGAGGGUCUGAAUACUCUAGCAGUAGCAAGAGGGGAGCUGAAAACAAAGAUGCUAAAAGCCGGAAGAAGGCUGAUGCGCAAGCCAAGAAACAGAAGCUAGCUCAGCAGCGAGCGGCCAAGGCAGCUGCGGCUGAAGCCAACAAGGUCUACAAGCCCGGAGAGUGCAUGAAGUACAUGCACAUAGAAAUGCACCCGUCCCUCCUCGAGCGAUGGUACUGCUCGGAUGUGACCCGAGAGGCGGGUGCGGUCGGUGCAACGAUCGAAGUUAUUAAAGACCUGUGCGAUCCGGCCCUGGUCAUGUGGAGCCGGAGGGUGCCUAGGGCGCUCACGGCGGCCAAUGGACAGGUAGAACUAUCGCCCGCCCGCCAACGUUGUCGCCGCGCGUUAUACAUAAGCACGAUGGCAGACAUAUCACCACUCGCUCGCAACCGAUCUCUAUCACCGCAUAUUAAGCAAGCGGCUUUACUUGCGGCAUGCGAAGUGACAUUGGUGGUACAUGGGGUUAAGGAUUAUUUCAAAGCGGCGAAUCGGAGGCAGAAUAAAGAUUCGAUCACGGAUAUUGAGCUGGAGAUGGCUUUGACAGACCUGCUUGUGACCGCCGGGUGUGACGCAGCGUUGGUUGACACGCCUAACGAACUGGCUUUACUUAUUGUACAGUUCACUAAAGCAAUAGCCGAGGAACCAUAUAAGAAAAUAAAGCGAGGCUUCGAUGAACAAGCCGAGUUCUAUAUGAGAGGAGACAACAAGAAAUGCGUUCCUGUUGAUAAAGAUGGGAAUGGGGCGAGUAGAUUAUGGCAACAAAUGAUUGCUGUGCUUCCUGGUUCCAGUUUAGAAACUUCUAGAUCUGUCUGCGGGCAAUACAAAUCGCCUCUUGCCCUUUAUCAGGCGCUGCAACUUCCGAAUGGAGUAAAUGAUUUGGCUGAUAUAGGAGUUGCAAGAACGGGAGUCCCUGGAUCUAAAAGUCGUCGUGUAGGGCCGGAGUUUGCUAGGAAAUUACGAAUAUUAUUUACUGCUGAAGACGGUGAUGUGUUAAUAGACUGAUAAGUUAUGCCAUGUUGUUUGUAAAUCAUGUAAGAGGAAUAAAUAUUGUUUUCACUUUA